AUGGCCACUAAAUCGGAGAAGAGGAUCGCCUCGUCUGUCUUUAUCACCCUGGCACCCCCUCGCCGAGAUGUGGCUGUGGCUGAAGAAGUGAAGCGGGCAGCUUGCGAGGCCCGGCCUGGCUGUUCCAAGAGCUCCUCUGGCCCCGUGAAGGUACCUGGGGCUGGCCUGACUGGGAGGCCUGGCCCCUGGACACCCCUUGGCAAGGCUGCAUCAGCGGUGCCAGUGGUACCCCCGCAACUCUCCAAUGGAGGGUGUUCUCCGCCUCCUCCCACCCUGGACUCACUUCCUGACCUGGACCUCCUCCCUCCGCCGCCCCCACCUGCGUACCUGCCUCCAGAGGAGGAGCCCCUUGGGCCAAUGGGGUCAUCAGUCAUCGCUGACUUAGAGCAGCUACACCUGCCCCCGCCCCCACCCCCACCGCCAUCACAGGCCUCCACUGAAGGGUCUCCACUCCAGCCUCGGCUUGGUCACCUCAGACCCUCAGAAGAGGAUCUGCCGCCUCCCCCAGAGGAGCCUGUUGGUGUGCCAGAGAGAGAGGCGUCCACAGACGUCUGCGCCUUCUGCCAUAAGACUGUGUCCCCCCGAGAGCUGGCUGUGGAAGCCAUGAGGAGACAGUACCAUGCCCAGUGCUUCACCUGUCGCACCUGCCGUCGCCAGCUGGCUGGGCAGAGUUUCUACCAGAAGGACGGACGGCCCCUGUGUGAGCCCUGCUACCAGGACACCCUGGAGAAAUGUGGCAAGUGCGCAGAGGUGGUCCAGGAGCAUAUCAUCCGGGCCCUGGGCCAGGUCUUCCACCCCAGCUGCUUCACAUGUGUGGCCUGCUCCCGGCGCAUCGGGGACGAGAGCUUUGCCCUGGACAGCCAGAACGAGGUGUACUGCCUGGAUGACUUCUACAGGAAAUAUGCCCCCGUGUGCAGCAUCUGUGAGAAUCCCAUCAUCCCCCGAGAUGGGAAGGAUGCCUUCAAAAUCGAGUGCAUGGGAAGAAAUUUCCAUGAGAACUGCUACAGGUGCGAGGACUGCAGCAUCCUCCUGUCUGUCGAGCCCACCGACCAGGGCUGCUACCCCCUGAAUGACCACCUCUUCUGCAAGCCGUGCCACGUGAAGCGGAGUGCUGCAGGGUGCUGCUGA